AUGACUGAAGAAAUUAAUAAUACACCUGCAUCAACUCAAACUCAACCACAAUCCGCUUUUGCAACUUUAUCUAAAAAGUUUACAAUUCCACCACCACCAAAGACUAUUGCUGAUGGUGUUAAAAGAGAUUACGUCUUAGUUGGUGGUUUGGCUGCCACUAUUGUUGCCUUAACAGCCGGUAUUUAUAACCAUUCAAAAGGUGGUAGUCAACUCACUACAAAUCGUUUAUUAAAAGGAAGAAUUUGGGCUCAAGCAUUCACCGUUGUUGCUAUGGGUUGGUAUGCAUUCGCUUAUCAAAGAGAUUUGGAUGAAGCUGAAGCAUCCAAACAUAGAAAGGUUAUCUUAACAUAA